AGUUGUUUUGACAUUAGCAUCACCAAUGGCACAUCGGCUGAUUGGAGCCACUCUAGACGUACCAAUAGUGGUAGGCACGUACGCCUUCAAGAAGGAUGAGAAUCUCUACCGAUGGCAUGCACUGGUCAGGAGUGGUCAACUUGGGGCGCCAUUGGAGGAUUUAUCAUACAUCAUCAAGCGAGUUGACUUCCAAUUGCACGAGACCUUCUCUGUGCCUCAAAGGACGGUCGAGAGUACACCAUUCAUGGUCACUGAGGAGGGCUGGGGGGAAUUCGAUAUUGUCAUUACCAUACACUUCGUGGACUCCAGUGAGGCCCCAGUCCAGACAACACAUAAGCUCAAGUUGCAUCACGACGCCAAUACGACCGGUAUCAAUCCCGGAGCGAGCCCAGUGGUACCAGUAGAGUCCUCCAGUGAGGACGAGAAGCGGUACGCUGUGGUCAAUGAGGCCUACAUGGAACUGCACUUUGAACACCCUCAUGCAUGGUUUUAUGAUGCUGUACAACGGCACAGGGAGGAGCAUAAGAUACCAGUGGCUCUAACGGACCGACCGUCUUGGAUGACGGAUGCUAUCAAGGCGUCAUUUGAUGCUAUUACUCCGUUUUUCCAAGAGUUCGAUGAUCGUGAGGAGUUCGAGUACCUCUCGGAAAUGGAGGCGUUCGUGGACCAGCAGAUAGCUUUGUUGCAGAUGCAGUCGUCUAUGGCCGAAACGGAUUACCGUACUUUACAUUAUCAUAUAUUCCAGUGUCAGAGCCGACUGCGUGAUCUUGAGGAUAGUCUUAGCUCCAUGCAUGGGGGAAGGGUCAACAGCGAGUUCGGAGAUUUGGCCGAGGUUCGCUCUACGGCGUCGAGGAAGCGAAUUCGAGUUAAGAAAUGAAUUUUAUGUACACUACCUUGCAAAGAACGAUGAUGUUACUCUUUCGAACACGGGAACUUUUCCAUCCUAAG